CCAUUUUUGAUCGAUCGGAAGGGUUUUAUUAAUUCGAAUAAGUUGUUCGGAAACAAAUAUGGCGUCCGUAACGCAAAUAUUCCGAAACAGAUGCAGUCUUUUGACCAGAAACUUCAUUCGGACACUGGCGGAUGAUUCUCGAGUGACACAGGUGCCAGUGAUCGAAGAAAUAUCCGAGACGCACACAGAGAGGGAUACCAUCAUUGUAGAUAAACAUGAGCAACUGUCGCCUGUGAGCGGAGUGCCGGAGGAGCAUGUGAGAACAAGGAGGAUACGGAUCUACAUGCCUGCCAAGAAUGCCAUGCAGAGUGGCACAUUCGGCCUCAACAAGUGGCGCAUGGACUUUGAUACUCGGGAACGAUGGGAAAACCCUCUCAUGGGAUGGGCCUCUACUGGAGACCCAUUGUCCAACACUCAUUUAGAGUUCAACAGUAAGGAUGCUGCAGUGAACUUUUGUGAGAAAAAUGGCUGGGAAUGCUAUGUUGAUGAACCCAAAAAAACAGCUUUCAAGGUGAAAUCAUAUGGAGCUAACUUCAGCUGGAACAAGAAGACCCGAGUUUCCACAAAGUAGUUGAACUACUCUUUAUAUGAACUUAGAUACUUUUAGUGUAUGAGGAGUGCAGAGUGGUAUGACAUUUGUGAAGAUAAAUUAUUGUUUCAGUUCUAAUGUGCUUACAUGCUUGUUAAUAAAUAACCUUGAAAUUUUAA